UAAAAGUAGGACACAGCAGAGUGGCCUCUUUCCCCUGUACCAUAGACACAGAAGACUCACCACAGAGAAGACUCUUUUUGGCAAUCCUGCUCCAGACGCUGCGAACACAUCCACGAGAAAAUCCAUAUUUUAUUUCUCACAGAACAGUGAAUUAAGGACUCAAAGCCAUGCACAAGCGCACUAAGAUCAGGAUUGCCAUCUUCAUCCUGAUGGUGGGCAUGGCAUGCAUGUUCACGGCAGUGGUGACGGACUACUGGGCUGUGCUCAGCCCCAGGGUGGAGGUGGCCAACACGACGUGUGAGGCAGCCCACUUCGGUCUGUGGAGGCUCUGUAAGAAGCAUGUGUACAUCAGCCACGAGAUCUUCCAGCAGGGAAAGGCCUGUGGACCAAUCAGCCUGCCUGGGGAGGAGAAUUGCACAUACUUUGGACACUUCACCCCAGGACAGGAUGCAGAGAUAUUUGAAUACAAAACACAAAAAGAGUAUAACAUCUCGGCUGCAGCCAUUUCCAUCUUCAGUCUGGCCUUCAUGAUCCUGGGCUCCCUGGCUUUGAUAUGCUCAUGCACGGGUCAGAAAAAGCGGGACUACCUCCUUAAACCUGCUGGCAUGUUUUAUGCAUUUGCAGGUCUGUGUGCGUUCAUCUCCCUGGAGGUGAUGAGACAGUCGGUCAAACGCAUGAUCGAGAGUGAGGAGACCAUUUGGAUGGAGUACCACUAUGGCUGGUCCUUCGCCUGCGCAUGCUCUGGCUUUGUCCUCCUCUUCCUCACUGGGAUAGCCCUCCUCAUCCUCUCCAUGCCUCAAAUGCCCCGCAAUCCCUGGGAAACCUGCAUGGACGCUGAGCCCGAACAAGUGGAGUGAUUUAUGAGAUAUUUAAGAUAUAAGAAUGCCCUUGAGACUCCCACUGAAAUUCUUUGGGAUAUGAGGGGUUUAACCAGCUGCCUAUACCAUCAAAGGACAAAUGCAUUUUUGUUAUUAUUUUACUAAAUAAGGAGUACUGUAUAAUAUAUCAAACUGUACAUAUUUUGUAUGCUAUGACUAUAACUCUGAAGAAAACACAUUAACGAAUGGUAAAACUGAAUGUUAAACUGCCAAACAGUGAUGUGGGGUGGGAGGUUUACUACAUCUUAUAUGAUAAAUUUGUCCAUCAGAACGCUAUAGACUACUGACAUUUGUACCUCACACUAAGCAGAUAAAAUAGUCUUUCCAACUCUAUAGAAUCUUGGUCCAGCUUAUUUUAUUUCAUUAUCAAGUUUUUCUAAAGGCUAAGUUCACCAUAAUUUGAAGUUGGAACAUUAUUUAUCUUCCAUUUAAACUAUUGACAUUUGCCCUUUGCUUUCUAUUUACAAAGAAAAAGCUAGAUUUUUACAAUAAAUCUUCUAACAUAUUUUUUUUAAAACAGUGCACAACACUGACCUACAUUCAGGUUGUUUAUAUAUGUUUUCAAUUUUAAAACCUGCAUCUCCCAUUCAUUUCCCAGUGUUAAUUAUAUCCAGACUUUAAAUAAGUCAGUGACUUAGAACUAUGAACAAUUUACCAGUACUUGAGUUCACUGACUACCAUCAGGUUUUUCUAGUUAAUAGGACAUUAUGACUGUAAUAGCUUUGGUGUGUUGGUUUGUGCUAUGAAUUUGUAAUAAAAGUGUUACUUUGAAAAUAAACAAUUCCUUCGAGAGUGCUGAAGGCUGAUGUUUUGA